AUGACCUAUACAGAGUUAUUUCAUGCUUUAAUUCAGAAGAACUUGGUGCAAACAAGGACUCCACUGGCUAUUUCGAAAGAGCUUCCAUGGUGGUAUAAAGCUGACCAACAUUGUGCAUUCCACCAAGGAUCACUUGGCCAUGAUACUGAGAAUUGUUUCUCCUUGAAGGAUGAGGUAAGAAGGUUAAUGCAAAGUGGUAUCUUGUCAUUUGAAGAUUCUAAUCCCAACGUACAAGCUAAUCCGUUGCCCAAACAUGGCAAUGGAACUGUGAAUAUUUUCGAAGGUUGUCCAGGAAAGUACCGAGUUUUUAACGUUAAUCUAAUCAGAAGAUCCUUGGUUGAAGUGCAUGUUACUUUAUGUGAAUUGAGCUAUUAUGAGCAUGACCAUUCUUCUUGCCAGGUUUUUUCUAGAGAUCCUCGAGGAUGUGCUGUUGUGAAAAGAUACUUACAUGAGAUUUUAGAUCAGAACCUUAUUCAGAAUACUGUUGUUUCUCCGUUGGUUAUUCAUUUGGAGGGUCCUAUGCCUUACCAGUCUGAUAAAGUUGUGCAUUACAAGUAUAAUGCUACCAUGAUAGAAGACGACAAAGAAGUGACUAUUACUGCUUUUCCGUUUGUUGUGAACAUCGCCAAUAAAACUCCUGUUGUACAAGCCGGACAAUCCAGUAUUGUGAAUCAAAAUGUUGAUCAAGAUGAGGUGCUGAAAUUGAUCAUGAAAAGUGAUUUCAAUGUGGUGGAUCAGUUGUUGCAUACUCCGUCCAAGAUAUUCGUGUUAUCCCUACUGAUGAGUUCGGAAGCACACCGAGAAGCUUUGUAUAAGGUCCUAGAGAAAGCCUAUGUGGAACAUGACGUGACAAUUGAUAAAUUUGAUGGCAUUGUGGCCAAUAUUACCGCAUGUAACAAUUUGAGCUUCAGUGAUGAAGAGCUUCCCGAGCACGGGAGGGAACAUAAUUUAGCCCUACAUAUCUCUAUGAACUGUCAAGAAGAUUCCAUGUCCCAUGUGUUGGUGGAUACUGGAUCCUCUUUGAAUGAUAUGCCCAAAUCUACGUUGUCUAAAUUUGCUUACCAAGGUGCUCCGAUGAGAUUCAGUGGAGUUGUUGUGAAAGCUUUUGAUGGCCCGAGGAAGACUGUAAUUGGGGAGGUUGAUCUCCCAAUAAAUAUAGGUCUGUGCUUAUUUCAGAUCACUUUUCAAGUGAUGGAUAUUCAUCCCGCCUACAGUUGUCUCUUAGGACGUCCGUGGAUUCAUGAGGAUGGGGCAAUUACAUCAACUCUACACCAGAAGCUAAAGAUUGUGGAGAAUGGGAAGUUAGUGAUCGUGGGUAGCGAGCAGGCCAUGUUAGUGAGUCAUCUCUCUUCAUUUUCGUACAUUGAUACCGAUGAAGUUGAGGGGACGUCAUUUCAAGUUUUAUCUAUUGAUAAUGUUACUGUUAAGAAGAGUGGUGGAUCCAUGUCAUCCUUAAAAGAUGCCCAGUUUGUGGUGGAGAAUGGUCAAUCUGCUAUAUGGGGACAAAUUGUUGAGCUUGCUGAGAAAAAGAACAAAGCUAGUUUGGUUUCUUCACCUGGUUCAACCCGAAGGGAUUUGAAGUGA